CCCCGGAAGCGGACGCGGGCCGGCCGGGAGCUGCCUGCGGCACCGGGUCGGGGUCGCGCCGGGGCCGCGGGGCCUGAGGGGCCGAUGGGGCGCGGGGGGCCGGGCCGCUGACGCCCAUGGCCGCCCCGGGGGACGCGCCGCCGCCGGUCGUCUACACCAUGGAGAACAAGCCGAUCGUCACCUGUGCUGGAGACCAGAGUCUGUUCACCUCGGUCUACCCCACGCUGUCCCUGCAGCUGCCCCGAGAGCCCAUGGAGUGGAGGAGGUCGUAUGGCCGGGCGCCCAAGAUGAUCCACCUGGAGUCCAGCUUCGUGCAGUUCAAGGAGGAGCUGCUGCCCAGGGAGGGCAACAAGGCCCUGCUCACCUUCCCCUUCCUGCACAUCUACUGGACCGAGUGCUGUGACACGGAGGUGUACAAAGCCACGGUGAAGGACGACCUGACCAAGUGGCAGAACGUGCUGAGGGCCCACAGCUCCGUGGACUGGCUGAUCGUGGUGAUCGAGAACGACGCCAAGAAGAGGAACAAGACCAACAUCCUGCCCCGCGCGUCCAUCGCGGACAAGAUCCGAAACGACUUCUGUAACAAGCAGAGCGACAGGUGUGUUGUGCUCUCCGACCCCCUGAAGGACUCCUCGCGCACUCAGGAAUCCUGGAACGCCUUCCUGACCAAACUCAGGACGCUGCUUCUCAUGUCUUUCACCAAAAACCUAGGCAGGUUUGAGGACGACAUGAGGGCCGUGAGGGAGAAGAGGACGGAGCCGGGCUGGAGCUUCUGCGAGUACUUCAUGUUGCAGGAGGAGCUGGCCUUUGUCUUCGAGAUGCUACAGCAGUUCGAGGACGCGCUGGUGCAGUACGACGAGCUGGACGCGCUCUUCUCCCAGUAUGUGCUCAACUUCGGUGCCGGCGAUGGCGCCAACUGGCUGGCCUUCUUCUGCCAGCCCGUGCGGAGCUGGAGCGGCCUGGCCCUGCGCAAGCCCAUCGACAUGGACAAGCGUGAGCUGGUGCGGCGGCGGGAGGCCUCCCUGCUUGACCUGCGCAGCUACCUCUUCUCGCGCCAGUGCACCCUGCUGCUCUUCCUGCAGCGGCCCUGGGAGGUGGCCCAGCGCGCCCUGGGGCUGCUGCACAGCUGCGUGCAGGAGCUGCGGCUGCUGGAGGUGUCCGUCCCGCCGGGCGCCCUGGACUGCUGGGUCUUCCUGAGCUGCCUGGAGGUGCUGCAGAGGCUCGAGGGCUGCUGCGACCGGGCCCAGCUCGAUGCCAACGUGGCGCACACCGUGGGGCUGUGGAGCUACGCCACCGAGAAGCUCAAGUCCUUGGGCCACCUGUGCGGGCUGGUGUCCGAGGAGGGCCCGGACUCGGAGGACCUCAACCGGACGGUGGACCUCCUAGCCGGCCUGGGCACCGAGCGGCCCGAAACAGCCAACACUGCUCAGAGUCCUUACAAGAAACUCAAAGAAGCGCUGUCGUCUGUGGAAGCCUUUCAGAAGCACUACUUGGACCUGGCCCAGGCCUCCAUGGACAUGUACAGCAGCAUCGGGCGGACACGCUCGGCCAAGCUGGUGGGCAAGGACCUGGCGGAGUUCCACAUGAGGAAGAGGUCCCCACAGAAGGCAGAGCUGUACCUCCAGGCGGCGCUGAAGAGCUACGUGGCUGAGGGCUGGGCACUGCCUGUCACGCACACCAGGAGGCAGCUGGCCGCCUGCCAGAAGCUGCUGGGUCAGCUGGAGGACUACCUGCAGACCAGCAGCCUCCUGGCCAGCGACGGCCACCUGACGGAGGAUGAGCGCCGCUAUUUCUGCCAGGAGGUGGUCAGCUGUGCCCAGCGGCCGCCGGACAGCCCAGGCCGCAGGAUCCUGCUCCCGCUGGAGUCCUUCGCGCAGCUGCGGGAGCUGAGCUUCCGGCCGGCGGGCGGCGCGGUGCAUGUGGGCGGGACGCUGGCGGUGGACGUGACGCUGAGCAGCCGCAUGCCCGCGCCGGUGCCCCUGGAGCAGCUGGGCCUGCGGCUGCACUUCAGCGCUGCGCGCGGCCCGGCCCAGCCCCGCACGUCCAGCCCCUCACCCUGCCCCCCACCCCUGGCGGCCCGUGGCGGCUCCCCGGCGCCUGAGCUGCACGCGGUGCUGGAGCGCAGCCCCUCCGACGGCGACGGCGCGCUCGCGUCCGCCGGCAUCAUCUGCAGGAACGUGCACCUGCUGCUGCGUGCGCCCGAGCCCGCGCCCGGCCCCGACGCGCCCACCCGCCUGGUCCUGGAGGACGGGCCGCACGCGCUGCACCGCGAGGGCCUCACGCUACAGCCCGGGGACAACCUGGUCAGCUUCCAGACGCAGGCCGCCGAGCCGGGCACCUACACGCUGCGCCAGCUGUGGGCCUCGCUGGGCCCUGUGUGCUUCCUGCUGCCGCGCCUGCCCCCGCCGGCGCAGUACGACGUGUACUCGCAGGAGCCGCAGCUGCACGUGGAGCCGCUGGCCGACAGCCUCCUGGCCGGCAUCCCUCAGAGGGUCCGGUUCACGGUCACCACCGGCCACUACACUGUGAAGCAGGGCGAUAGCCUGCAGCUCAGCAACGUGGACGCCAUGCUCGUCCUCUGGGACGCCGACAGGCGCGCCUCCGUCUACUCCAGUGACAGGGAAAAGACGUCUGACACCACGCUCCGGGUCCAGGCGUCGGACAGGGUCACAAGCAUUGGCCUGCCUGCGGCGCCCGCCUACCACGUGAUCGAGUUUGAGCUGGACGUCCUCUCACUGCCGUCCGCGCCCGCAGCCAGCGAGAGCAUCGGCGAAGCGGCCCGGCCCCCCUGGACAACGCAGGACGCGCAGGGGGCCGAGCCUCGAAUGGCCACCACCGACCACAAGGUGUCCAUCGACUGUCCGUGGUCCAUCUACUCCACCGUCAUCGCCCUGACCUUCAGCAUGCCCUUCCGAACCACGCACGCCCUACUGUCUGCCGGGACGCGGAAGUACGUCCAGGUGUGUGUGCAGAACCUGUCGGACCUGGACUUCCGGCUGUCGGAGAGCUGCCUGCUGGACACGGAGGGCAGCGCUGACCUGCGGCUGGUGCCCCUCCACACACAGGCCCUGCAGCGGCUCCACAGCCGGCAGACACUGUUCUUCGUGUGGGAGCUGUUGUGGGGCCGCCCGCCGCCGCCCGCGCUGCAGUGCCGCUUCUCCCUCGGCUUCACCCCCGACGCCCAGGAGCGAGCACCCGUGGCCCUGCGGCCCUACACCUACGACUUCCGCCUGGAGGGCUUCUUCACGCUGUACACCGUGUGCGCCGAGAUCCGGCCGCCGCCGGGCGCCGAGCACUGCCGCACGGGCGCGCUCUGCUCGCUGGAGGUGGCCGUCACGCGGCUCUCGGACCUGCUGGAGGCCGACAGGGACGAGGCGCUGGCGCAGGGCCAGGAGCAGCUGCCCACCAGGCUCCUGUACGAAGUGGUGGACAACAGCAGCAACUGGGCCGUGUGCGGGAAGAGCUCGGGCGUGUUCGCCAUGCCGGUGGCCGCCCGCGCCACGCACCGCGUCCGCAUGGAGGUGAUGCCGCUGUUCGCCGGCUGCCUGCCGCUCCCCGACGUGCGGCUCUUCAAGUACCUGCCGCACCACUCGGUGCACUCGGCGCAGCCGGACGCGGACAGCUGGAUCGAGAACGACGGCGUGUCGGUGGACCGGCCGGCCGACGAGGACAGCGGCAGCGUGCGGAGCCGGGGCAGCGCGCACCCGGCCGGCAGCGGCGAGCACAGAGGCCUGCCCAUGCCUCGCCUGCAGGCCCUCCCGCCCGGCCAGGUGUUCCAGGCCAGCGCGGGCCGCCAGGUGCUCGUGCUGCCCAGCGGGGACGACCACGUGCUGGAGGUCAGCGUCACAUGACCUCCGGGGCCCUCGCCUCGCUUCGCAUCGU